AUGGCCAUCCUGCGCGAACGUCCGUCUCCAAUAGUGCGCAAGAGUCUCCGGCGGCGAAGGCUCGCCCCGCGUCUAUUGGAUAGCGACUCAGAGGUGUCCCCGCCUAGAAGGUCGCCGACGCCUAGGAGCCCUCGACCCGUGGAGAGAGACGAGUAUUUGGAGAUGUCUAAACCCCGUGAGGAACAGAAUUUCACGGACUACUACGAAGGCCUCGAUGAGUUUGAGCCGCUGCCUGUACUAGUGCAAGAAAGCAGGGCUGACGACGAGUACGAGGAGUAUAGGUUGAAAAGGAAACGGCAGGACCGGGAAAUUCUGAGACGGCUGAAACGACCGUCUUUCAGGAAAAUGCCAGAUCAACACACAGAAGAGGCUCCUGUUGCCAGGAAUAUGCUCCAGUUUGGCUACAAUAGCAACAAGGUUGUGCAGAAAACGACUUUUUGGCGACCAACAGAUCGUGGAGACGGUCUCAUAACGGACAGUCUUACCUUGGACCAGAAAGUGCGUUCUUUGUAUGACAUGGACGAGCAGGAUGCGAGCUAUCUUGAGCAUGUCAAUGCGAGACUUGCCAAGGAAGGCAAGCAUAUUUCCUUGGAGCUUUUUGAGGUGAUUAUGACUUAUUUCGAAAUGGAGUGGUGUUUCAUCGAGAAACUGCUACCACCCAAAAUAAAAAACGAGCAUCAAAAUGAAGAACAAGCUCAGCUCCACGCCCAGCUAUAUGGAUCUGACGACGGAAUAGGAGUGGCCCCAGAGGAAGACCAAUGCUGUGCCGUCUGCAAUAGGAACGAGUGCGACAACUCGAACGCCAUCGUGUUCUGCGACGGCUGCGAUAUAGCUGUCCACCAGGAAUGUUACGGAGUUGCAUUUAUUCCGGAAGGCCCCUGGCUGUGCCGUAAAUGCCUCAUUGCCCGAAAUCAAAGGAGCAGGUGCCUCUUUUGCCCUAGCGUCACAGGCGCGUUCAAGCAGACGGACAACGGCGGAUGGGGCCACGUGAUCUGUACCUUGUGGAUCAACGAACUGUAUUUUGCCAACCCUGUCUACAUGGAGCCGAUCGAGGGGAUCGGCAAUAUUCCCAGGAGCCGCUGGAAGCUCACCUGUUACAUUUGCCGUCAGAAAGUGGGAGCAUGUAUCCAGUGUUGCAAGCCCAGUUGUUCAGUUGCCUACCACGUUACGUGUGCGCGACGCUCAGACUUUUAUAUGGAGAUGAAACAAGGGGUUCAAACGGCUAUCCAUGACAAGAGCACUGUUGUGUCCUACUGCGAUAGACAUUCUCCAAAACAGUGGGACCUCUAUCACGACACAAAGCUAGGGAUCCAGAAAACCAGGCUUUACUACAGCACGGGGAAAAACCGAGACACAGAAAACAAAGUUGUAAUUAGCAAAGCCCAGAAAAAGGAACUGAAGGACACCAAAAACCACUGGUUCAAAUGGAAGACGGCGCGCGGGGCCCCUAUCCUUCCUGUUGUUGUAAUCAAGAAGCUGGAGAAGGUCCUCAAGAGCUACAGAAUUCCGCAGGAUAUUAAUUAUCUAUACGAGUUUGCAAAAUACUGGACUUUGAAACGAGAAGCCACCGGAGGUCCUUUGAUCAGACGUCCGGACUCGGCAAAUCUCGGUGGUCUCACUAACGAGGAGGUUGAUGAGCGUCUUCAGGCUCUGGACCUGAUCAAGCAGGACAUAUCCAAACUGGCAGACAUAUCCUCUCUCUCUGUAAAAAAGGCGAAACUUGAGCUCAAGUCCACUAAUGAAUUGCUAGACCAGAUGGAUAUUUACUAUUUGCCGAUGCAAUAUUUAAUUAAGGAUUUAUUGGAUCAGUUCCUCAAACACGACAGGAACGACGCCAUAAUCUCCACAAAGUUUGAGGAUUCCAACGUGCCUUCUAUCAGGCGAAUAGUGGAGAAAGUCGAGAAUUAUGAAUAUCAGCUAGUUAGCGAGCUUAUUGACGACCUCACCGCAGUGGACAAUUAUGUCAUACAAAAUUUCGACCCGCACACUGCUAUAUACAGGCAUGUUCGCAAUUACUGGCGAAGGCUGAGGUCACAAACCAUAGACAGAGCCCAGAAAGCAGAGCGCGCGUUGCUAAAGGGAAACAGGAAACUGUUUCCAGGUGUGAAGGCAGAGGGACUUGAUUUUCAAGUGAACGGAUGA